UAUAAUCUCUAAUCUCUUUAGGGUAAUUUAGAGAAGAUGUGCCGCACUCUUGAAGACCAGCUGAGUGAAAUCAAGGCCAAAAGUGAUGAAAAUAGUCGCCAGUUGAACGACAUGAAUGCACAACGAGCAAGACUUCAGACUGAAAAUGGUGAAUUUAGCCGUCAACUGGAAGAGAAAGAAGCACUUGUUUCACAGUUAACUAGAGGAAAACAGGCUUUUACUCAGCAAAUUGAGGAUCUCAAAAGACAUGUCGAGGAAGAAGUCAAGGUUACGGAGGAGUUUUUCCUGGGACCACACAAGGAUCUGGUGCGCCAACUUGUACAAGGGGCACGAACGCAGACAUCCCUGGUGGUUGAUAACGACAUCUUGAUGUCGAACCGCUACCCGCUCUGA